GUAUAUGUAUAACCUUGACUUGCUAUCGCACUGUGCUUUCCAUAAAAAAAAACAGGUCAACUUUUUAAUCUCCUUGGAGCUCCUGAAAUUUUCAGGGAAUCCCCCACGGUCAUCUUUAUUCAAAUUGAAACUGCUCAAACUCUUGUUAUGGAUGAGUUGGCUUCCGAUGGUCACGAUUCUACGUAUUCAUCAUGGACCAUUAGGAAGUCCACAGGAUAUGGUACGCUGGAACGACCGGAAAGCCCUCUCGGCAUGCUCCAUGGACAAGGUUGCAUAAAUGCUGACGUCCAACCCGCAUCAAUUACGACAUGAUUUAAAAAUAAACGGGUCCAAAUCAACUGUGGCUGCAAAUCAACAAUAAGUCAGACAGAAAGAGAUCAUUCAUUUGCUCGGCUGUGGUGUUUGUUGCUUCAUUGAAUUUUGUAACUUGUGACUGUGUUGUAAGCUGCCUGUGUUGAGAUGUCUUUGGAAUGUCUCCGUAUUUUGGUUGCUGGGGAGCACAAGUACCACCCAGACUGCUUUGUAUGCAUCAAGUGCAGUGUGUUCAUCGGCGAUGGUGAUGGCUAUGCAUUGGUGGAGAGAUCUAAACUCUACUGUGGCCAGUGCUACCACAACAUACUGGUACCCAUCAUCUCCACGUCCCCAGACACCAGGGCUCCCCAUACCGUCCAGCUGGUUACCAUACCGCCAACUCCAGAGGGCCAGAAGAGGUUUUCCGUAGCGGUGGAAGAGACUCUGCAAUAUCCAACGUCACCAACACCAGAAACUGAAAGGGUUUCCAUGCGGGGACUAUGUGUUAAAGAUGUUGACUCCCUCCCUGCCGAAUCAACUCUUAGAGUUGGAGACAGAAUUCUGGAGGUCAAUGGAACACCUGUCAGGAAGCAAAAUUUGCAUGAGCUUGAUAGGUUAAUCAGCCAAAGCACGACUGAGCUUCAUCUGACCGUCGAGCACGACCCCCAGCCUGCCUCCACGUCAACAAAAACAACCAAAACAACAACAACAACGACAACAACAACAGAUUCUCCUGUGACAACUCAGGAGCACCAUUCCACAACCUCGACAUCAGUGAUUAUCAAACCAAAGACAUUAAACCUAGCAGCUAGACAACAGAUCCAACAGAAUCAGGAAGAUAAGGAGAGAAAGAUGAAGUUGGAAUUAGACCUCCCUAUCACAAGGCCAGAGAGAGGCUCAUCCUUGUCCAAAAUGAAGAAAGCUGAUGAUGUUACUAUGUCGCAAUCUCUCUCCUCCCCUAUCAACCGAGCCUCCUCCUGGAAGCAGACAGUCAAGAACCAUCGCAUCUUCCGACCUUCUGACCUCAUCAAGGGAGAGGUGCUAGGCUCAGGGUUCUUUGGCCAGGCCAUCAAGGUAACUCACAGACAAACAGGUGAGGUGAUGGUUGUCAAGGAGUUGAUCAGAUUUGAAGAUGAUGCGCAAAGGAAUUUCCUCAAAGAGGUUAAAGUACUGCGUAGCCUGGACCAUGUUCAUGUGCUGAAAUUCAUAGGGGUUCUCUACAAAGACAAGAAAUUAAGCCUAGUUACAGAAUUCAUUGAUGGAGGGACGUUACGGCAUGUUGUCAAAAACAUGGGUCCUGACUAUUCCUGGCUCCACAGAGUCAACAUUCUGCGAGAUAUUUCCUUUGGAAUGACAUAUCUGCACUCGAUGGGUAUCAUUCACAGAGAUCUGAAUUCACAGAACUGCCUCGUCAGAAAGAAUGGAUCAGUAGUCGUAGCUGACUUUGGUCUGGCGCGAGUUAUGGUUCAGGACAAGAGUGAUCCCAGACUGCAGCCGUUUGAACGCAACUCAUCAACGCGGAGAUCUGGCCGCAAAAAGCGCUACACCGUAGUGGGAAACCCAUACUGGAUGGCACCAGAAAUGUUGAAAGGCAAGGCCUAUGAUGAGCGAGUUGAUGUCUUCUCCUAUGGCAUCAUCAUGUGUGAGCUGAUUGGUCGGGUCAGUGCCAACCCAGACCAUCUACCUAGGACCAUGACCUUUGGCCUUAACGUACCGCUCUUUAAGGAGCAGUUCUGUGAUGGCUGCCCGACACGUCUGUUUGAUGUAGCCGUCAAAUGCUGCGAAGUUGAACCAGAAAGAAGACCGGAUUUUACAGAUAUCCAGUCCUGGCUGAAAUCUCUGUCGCUCAAGGUAGAAUCCAACGGCCUGACGAAUGGUAGUGUUGAAGUCCUGAAAAUUACACCGUCAACAUCGUCUGACAACUCUGGCGGGUCCUCAUCAACUGGACAGGAGAACUCUGCACCCUAGAGUAGGCAUUGUGAUGUCAUCAUCUUGAGAUGUCAUCAUCUUGGCAGUACAGCCCAGCUUCGCAAUUCCUCAAGGCUCCUGCAUUAUUCACCAGUUGUGGAGAUCAGAUGGCAGUAUAGCUCUGCAUCAUCUGAAACUUAAGGGAGAAAUAAUUCAGGCAUAAGCGCUAAACUGCACUAAAUACUGGAAAAUAUCCUCCUGCACUUCUUGUCAUGAUAAGAAUAGUGACUCCAAAUCAUCUAAAGGUAGUGGACUUCUAGCAGUAGAGCUCAUCAUCAUAUAUUACAAUCAUGUAAACAAUGUUUUGCUAUAGAGCUAAUGGAUGAAACAAUCAGUGAAGCUUAGCAUCCUGCCACGUACAAGGGACUUUUGGGGGCUUUAACAUAGCUUCACAUGCUGGGCCCAUCUAAUAGGAGAUCAUGCUCAAUAUCCAGGGCAUGUGGAUGCAGAGAAUUUAUCAGCUAUCCACUGGUGGGCUUUCACUGGAUUUCUGGAUGGAAAAUUUGUGGAUAGAAUCCUGUGGAAUCUGUGUAUUGCCUCACAUUGGGCCCGAGAAUACCUCUUGCCAAUCUAAUUUAGGGCAUUAUUAACCUCAUUAAUGGACACAACUUACUGGCUCUCCCCCUUGUCACAUUCUUGAUAAGCCUUCCUUACACCAUACCACAAUAAUUGUGAUGUCAUCAAUAAGACUAGUAAAGCUCAGCUUCACAUUAGACCUGUGGAUGUCAUCAACAAGGCAGUAGAGCUCAGCUUUGUGUUAGAUAUGUACAUGUAGAUGUCAUCAACAAGGCAGUAGAGCUCAGCUUCACAUUAGACCUGCGGAUGUCAUCAACACGGCAGUAAAGCUCAGCUUAACAUUAGACCUGUGGAUGUCAUCAACACGGCAGUAGAGCUCAGCUUCAUGUUAGACAUGUGGAUAUCAACAAGGCAGUAGAGCUCAGCUUCAUGUUAGACCUGUGGAUGUCAUCAAAACGGCAGUAGAGCUCAGCUUCAUGUUAGACCUGUGGAUGUCAUCAACAUGGCAGUAGAGCUCAGCUUCAUGUUAGACCUGUGGAUGUCAUCAACAAGGGAGUAGAGCUCAGCUUCAUGUUAGACCUGUGGAUGUCAUCAACACGGCAGUGGAGCUCAGCUUCACAUUAGACGUGUGGAUGUCCUCGUUAAAUUCUGUGAAUAUGUAUAUUGGAAUCAGAGCAGCUGCAUUUUGUCAGUCAAUGUACAAAGCAACAAAAACCAUUCCUUGUAUGUGCUUUUUGUGACUACAGCAUGCACAUACAUGUUAGCAGCCUUUGCUGUAAAUAAUGUUUUUUAUGUGGCCGAGAAUUGUGUACAAUGAGUGAGUCUUCAUCAUUGACUUUUACAAAUAUUAUUUAUUGGUGUUUAAUAAUCCUAGCAAUGUUGACAGGCCCAUAUGAGUGCAUACACACACAGAGACCUUGUCUAUUA